CACGAGGUUUUAUUUAUGUGGAGAUUUGUGUAUAUAUGAAAUUUGCUGAUCCAUUAAUUGAUUGAUUAUAAAUUAUCAAUUUAAAAAUGAAUUCAACAUUCGAAGUCCUGAUAAAAGCGAUCAUGGCAAAUGAUGAUCUGGAAAAGCGGGAAAAAUUCAUUCGUCGUAAUAGUGCCAAAAUUGUUCCAUUGGUUCACUGGCUUUGCAAAACGAUUUGUUCGUUAGAAACAAAUGAUUGCAAUGAUCCGGAAAGAAAAAAGUCUCAUAAUGAAGAUGAAUCGAAUUCAAAUGAUUUAAUUCGAUUUUCAUUGGACUGUGUGCUAAUUAUAAGUUCGGCUGCAGCUUCUACGAUGGACAGUGAUAAACAAACUUCUGAACAAAUAUCUCAAGCUGUAAUGAGCGAAACGGAUUUUCUUCAUCAUCUAAACGAUCAUAUAACCAAUGAGCAGAUUACAGAUCUUGAUCGUCAUCUAGGAAUUCUUGUCAAUUUUACUCGCCACAUUUCAUUUGUUCAAUCACUAGUUACGAAUGUUCUAAACCCAUUUCCCUUGGACAAAUUUAUUUCUGGAUUUCAGACAAAAUUUCAAUCUAAAGAAUGUCAGAAAUCACGUCCAUUAAUGGUUGCAUAUCUAAAUAAUCUUUGUCAAUGUGAAGAAAUUCGUAAUCGAUUAAUUGAUGGAAAAGUUUUACAUUCAUUAAUGAUAAUCUAUGAUUAUCAUCAAGAAGAUACCAAUGAUCAUAUCGAAUUGCGAUUAUCGAUCAUUGAAUUAAUACGAAAUUGUUGUAUAGAUUAUCGUUACCAUGAACGAAUAAUUUCUGAAGAAGAUCCUGAAUUACUUGUACGUUUAGUCAUGCCAUUAGCUGGUGGUGAAGUACUUACUGAUGAAGAAAUGGAAUCAUUACCAUUGGAUCUACAAUAUCUGCCUGAUGAUAAACAACGUGAACUAAAUGCAGAUAUUCGUCGUUUACUAAUCGAAGCUAUACAUCAAUUUUGUUCGACUAAAUAUGGUCGUGAAAUAAUUCGUUCGACAAAUAUUUAUUAUCAUCUUCGUGAAUACUAUCGAUGGGAACAACGAGAAGAUCUUAGAGAGGUAUUAAUGCGAUUGAUUGAUGUUAUUAUUAAAAAAGAGGAUGAAAUCAAUGUAGAUAAUCUUCGUGAGCUGGAAAUUCCCGACGAUUUGAUGGAAAAAUUCGAACGUUUAGAUCAUGGUGAUCAAUGAUAUAAACUAUCUAUACGUUUGAUUAAGAUUUAAUGAAAGUUUUUUUUUAUUUUUCAAUAAAUAAAUAUUUACAUGGGUUUUUUAAGAAAAAAAA